AUGUCUGCUAGACGAACAAGGUCGAAAGCAAAGCAACGAACCGAAAUGCCCGACACUGAAGCGAAGCUAGACGCAGUACUUGCGAAGAUGGACGAAUUGCUCGCCGCUAAAGAUGAACAAGAGUCGAAGUUGAACGCCAUCCUGAUGAAGCUAGAAAGUUUGGAAAAAGUCAAAAGAAAACCGCUCAGGAUGUCGACGAAUUGAAAGAUAGUUUUAAACUUUUAGACCACGAUGUGACCGAGGUUAAAAGCGCUCUUGCAGAGAAGGCGAACCGCAAAGAGAUAGACGCCCUGAACAAAAAAAUUGAAGACUUAGAGAACAGGUCCAAGAGGAACAACGUGGUUAUAUGGGGUUUAAAGGAAGGCGCCGAAAAAGAUUGCAGCUCCGUAGAAGAAUUCUUAGAGGAAGAACUUUUCAGUAAGCACAUGGGCCUCGAUAAUAUUGAAGUCAUGUGA